CAAAUGGGAAGAGCGCCUUGUUGUGAUAAAAAUGGUCUCAAGAAAGGGCCAUGGACCCCUGAGGAAGAUCAUAAGCUCAUUCAACAUAUUCAGUUGAACGGACCGGGCAACUGGCGAAACCUACCAAAGAACGCCGGGCUUCAAAGAUGUGGAAAGAGCUGUCGUCUUCGUUGGACAAACUACUUGAGACCCGAUAUCAAAAGAGGAAGAUUCUCAUUUGAAGAAGAAGAGACUAUAAUCCAGCUACAUAGUAUUCUGGGGAACAAAUGGUCGGCCAUUGCGGCUCGCUUGCCAGGAAGAACUGACAAUGAGAUCAAGAACUACUGGAACACACAUAUUAGGAAAAGGCUCCUUCGGAUGGGUAUUGAUCCAGUAACUCAUAGUCCUCGUCUCGAUCUUGUAGACCUCUCCUCAAUUCUCAGCUCAGCUCAGCUCAAUCUCUCGAACCUACUCAGCCUUCAAACACUUGUAAAUCCAGAAGUGUUGAGGCUUGCCACCACUCUUUUAGCAUCAUCAAAUCAUGAAAACCAAGAGAUGCUUUUACAAAAGCUUCAUGAAAACCAAAUCUUCAAUCCUCAACUUCAGAAUCAGACCCCACUUCUCCAACCCAAUCAGUUACUCCAAACCCCAAUUCAAGAACUACCACCUUCCACCUCAUCUACUCAAUUUUUGAAUCAAACGCAACUCAUGCAAGGGGAAUUAUUGGGACAACUUGGAACAAACUUGGAUAACUUGAAUUUCCAAAAGUUCCAAGAAACUUUAGCACCUUCAAGUUCAAAUGGAAGUUUUGUUACUCCACCAAAUUAUGGCUUUUCGGGGUGUGAUCAAAUCACCACAAAUCUAUCGGACAACUCAAACUUUCAAUCUUUGAACGACAACAACAGCAAGGACAAUCAGAAUUUCAGCUUUGAUUCGGUUCUAUCAAUGCCUUUUUCAAGUUCGACACCCUUGAAUUCGUCGUCUACGUUCAUCAACAGCAGCAAUGAAGAUGAGAGAGAGAGCUACUGCAGCAGCAUGUUGAAGUUUGAGAUUCCUGAGAGCUUGGACUUCGAUGAUUUUAUGUAA